AUGUCGUGUUUGGAUGAUCUCGCCAACACAAGUGAAGUGAACGUUGAAGACUUCAGUUGUGACCUUGAUUUGUCUAAAGCCGAGCUGCCCAUCGUUCUAUUGUUGACUCUCGUCCUAAACAUUUUGUCUGUUAUAAUUCUUUACAAACUGCGUCACGCCUUCCAGUCCACGGAUACCAUGAUGGUGGCUACUCUCAUCACCAACGAUGCUGUGACGUCACUGAUUUUUAUCGUCAUGUGGCUGGCCGGAUGGGCAUCAUGUGGCUGUAUUAUGGUGGUCGACAUUUUCUUUUGUUCCGCUUUCGGCUGGUUGGGUACGGCUAUGGUGAUGUGGUCCGCUUGGAUCGUUACAAUUAUGUCCGCCAGUAGGUACCUUGCUUUGGCACGGCCCUUUUUCUACAGGAACCACGUGAAAACGUUCCAACUGAAGGUCGCAAUGGCUAUAACUUUAUUCAUAACAUUUUUACAGUUCACUGGCCCGUUUUACGGGACGGCUGUGCAGUACGAAUACUACAGCGAAAAUAAGGUCUGUGCGUACGACUUCGCUCCCGGCCAUGGCGAAGCUUCCCAUCGCUACAUCCUCCUGGUAAUAACCAUCGAAGGAUUCUCCCUCAUCGGGAUGGUUCUCUUCUUCAACAUUUCCAUCGUUAUAAAGCUACGUCGUGUCAAUGUUGUGCGGCCUGAACCAACACACACGAGGACAGAUACAUCUAAUAUCCAGACGAAGCGGACGGCUUUCGCUAAUGUCACCAAAGUUGUGUCAGCUGUAUAUUGUAUCUGUUACGCACCAUUCCUGAUACGUUUGCUGUAUGACGUCAUUGAUAAUACUCCACAUCAAAACGAUCCCCGUCACUCAAUCACAAUGACGUUGCUGUUUAUGAGCCCACUUUUGAACCCGAUGGUUUACGUGGCUUGUAACAGGCGUUACAGGGAGUACAUUGUACAAACAUUCAAGAAACUCUGCAAGGGUAAAGAAACACUAGUGUCCGACUCGUCAGGUCUUGGCACUCAGACGACUCGUGCGUGACCAUCGUCCACAUGAUCGUCAGAUUGUACCUAGAUUGAUUUAAUGUUGUUACCAGGAUUACUGAUAUUAUUGAUGCAUGGAAUAUCACGAUAUCAUGACAAUCGUGAAUACACACUGUGUUGAACUGUUACCGGUAGGAACCUUUUGAUAUCUUCUUCUUGGAUAUGAAAUAUAGACAUGAUGUAUUAUGUCAGGAUCUUUGUAAUGUAACAAGAUAUUGGUAAUUUAAUAUUUCGGAUUAUAUCUAACAGCUGCUACGAAAUGUUUUGUGACCAUACCAACGUCCCCUGCUCUUGAAUUAAUGAUACUAUUUUUUUGCCCUUGAGUUUGAAUUGGAAUUAUGAUUAUGUAAUUACAUCGGUAUUAUUCGCUGUAUUUCAUUUUUCUAUUAAACAGUUAUAUUAUGGGAUUUAUUCAACCACGAUGGUAUCAGUUUCGCCAAAAGAUCGGCAGUCAGUGAACAUUUUGUCAGGUCAGCUGCAAUUAAAUUUGUUUCAAGUAUCUUUUAUCAUUUGUUUUUCAACACUUCUAUCUCCUACUAGUACUGUUGAGUUCUGGGAGGACGAAACAAUAGUAUCAUACAGUUAAAAUCGACAAAUGUCAUAUAUAUUAGUACUUGUGAGUUCUAGGAUGAAGACAGUUAAAAUCGACAAAUGUCAUAUAUAUUAGAACUGGUAAGUUCUAGGAUGAAGACAGUUAAAAUCGACAAAUGUCAUAUAUAUUAGAACUGGUAAGUUCUAGGAUGAAGAAAGUUAAAAUCGACAUAUUUCAUAUAUAUUAGUACUUGUGAGUUCUAGGAUGAAUAUAGUUAAAAUCGACAUAUUUCAUAAAUAUUAGUACUGGUAAGUUCUAGGAUGAAGACAGUUAAAAUCGACAUAUUUCAUAUAUAUUAGCACUGAUGAGUUCUAGGAUGAAGACAGUUAAAAUCGAUACAUGUCAUAUAUAUUAGCACUGAUGAGUUCUAGGAUGAAGACAGUUAAAAUCGACAUAUUUCAUAUAUAUUAGCACUGAUGAGUUCUAGGAUGAAAACAGUUAAAAUCGACAAAUGUCAUAUCUAUUAGUACUGUUGAGUUCUGGGAUGAAGAUAGUUAAAAUCGACAUAUUUCAUAUAUAUUAGCACUGAUGAGUUCUAGGAUGAAGACAGUUAAAAUCGACACAUGUCAUAUAUAUUAGUACUUGUGAGUUCUAGGAUGAAGAUAGUUAAAAUCGACAUAUUUCAUAUAUAUUAGUACUGGUAAGUUCUAGGAUGAAGACAGUUAAAAUCGACACAUGUCAUAUAUAUUAGUACUUGUGAGUUCUAGGAUGAAGAUAAUUAAAAUCGACAUAUUUCAUAUAUAUUAGUACUGGUAAGUUCUAGGAUGAAGACAGUUAAAAUCGACAUAUUUCAUAUAUAUUAGCACUGAUGAGUUCUAGGAUGAAGACAGUUAAAAUCGACAUAUUUCAUAUAUAUUAGCACUGAUGAGUUCUAGGAUGAAGACAGUUAAAAUCGACACAUGUCAUAUAUAUUGGUUUUAUAUUGUACUAUUCGCCUAUGUCUUCUGUACUUUCACACGCUACAUUUUAUGAUACCCUAUACGUCAGGUGUGGUCAUACAUGUGUCAUUUUUUCUUUACAGACAUAAAAUAUAUCUCAUGGUGUUUGAUAAUGAUAUUAACACCACGUUACUAACCAAUCUGACGAGGUUGAAAAAAAAUUAAUUGCAUUUAUAUGUAUAAUUAGCUGUUUCUACCACAAUAGGUGGGUGUUGUAGGAAGUCAUCAUUACAAAUGUUGAAUAAAAUCUCUGCGUUUUGAUUGGUUGAUAUGGUGACCUUUGACCGGGCCUAGGUGUUUAAAUCACGUGGCCUAAUGCGUUUUAAUUGGCUAACGCUUGUAGGCCGCUUCACGAGGUCCAGGGAAUGGUUACGCAUAAGACGUAGUUUGCAGUUGUUUUGUCGUAUGUUUGAUAAUGUAACUGAUUGCUAUCAACUAUUGCUUUGAAAACAAUAAACUUGCCAAUUACA